AUGGCGCAUAACAAUCAGGUGGAGAUGAAGGAGGAAAAAAAGUCGUUCGAGAACAACAUUUCUCCAUUUAAUUUCCUACGAAACCCCUUUAAGUUCGUAUCGCCUAUCGCUGGUGAAUCUGACAGUGAUAAAAACGAAAAUUUGCUGAAGCGGGAUAUGAACUGGAUACUUCCGAUUGCGCAGAUCGCUCCCACCGAGGAAGACAGGAUGCCUUCUUCUUUCGUGCAUUUUUCGGGCAUUGUGAUCGGGAAUGGCAUGCACACCGACAGUGAGGUGCUGAACAACCAUUACAACGAUGUACGUCUGCUUCAAAAGCACCUCAUAAAACACUCGGUAACACCCCACCCGAAUUCCAUGCUGCUGACGCCCAAAGUGCUUGACAUGAUGCCAACACAGUUCGCACCGGACGGUUCGUUGGAUGCGAUGGUAGCGAUCCGGAAGAUGGAACCCAACUUUAACAUAAUCCACUUCCUGCGCUACUGCGCGAACGCGUUCAUCCCGGAGCUGCUCGGGGCAAGCGUGCGGGGGGAUCUCGGCAUGAUUCGGGACAGGUGCUAUCAGCGCGCAUACGACGCUAUCGCACCACCGAUCGCCCACGCGCUGGUUGCCGGCUAUCGUUUCGAUUCCACCAUACUAGGCAUCGAACGUGUGCGCCUUGCAAUGGGCAGGGUGAUGCAACAGGGCCCCGUACUGGUCAUCACCUUCCAAGCGCAGCAGAUCAUGUGCAUGCGGGACGGGACGGGUACGGUGGUUGCGGGUGAUCCACAGCAGGUGCUGCGUUGCCACCAUGUGUGGGCGCUGUGCCGCGACCCGAGCGAGGUGGCACCGGAAAGCGCCUGGCGCUUGUUGGAGUUGGUGACCGACCGUUGGAUUGACUAUUGA